AUGGAACGGAGACAUGUCACUUCUGCUCGGCGCUCCUACACCUCCUCAGAAAUGGUAGUCAGGGGCCUGGGUCCCAGCCACCGCCUGAGUGCCGGUCUCCGCUUGAGUUCCUGCCCCAGGGUCCCCCUAGCUCGAAUGUCUUCUCCACUCCCAGCUCGAGUGGACUUCUCCCUGGCCGGGGCACUCAAUGCCGGCUUCAAGGAGACCCGGGCCAGUGAGCGGGCUGAGAUGAUGGAGCUCAAUGAUCGCUUUGCCAGCUACAUUGAGAAGGUUCGGUUUUUGGAACAACAAAACAAGGCACUGGCUGCUGAGCUGAACCAGCUGCGGGCCAAGGAGCCCACCAAGCUGGCUGAUGUCUACCAGGCUGAGCUUCGGGAGCUUCGGCUGCGGCUUGAUCAACUUACUGCCAACAAUGCUCGGCUUGAAGUGGAGAGAGACAAUCUGGCACAGGACCUGGGCAUCCUGAGGCAGAAGCUCCAGGAUGAAACCAACCUGAGGCUGGAGGCCGAAAACAACCUGGCUGCCUAUAGACAGGAAGCAGAUGAAGCCACCUUGGCCCGUCUGGAUCUGGAGAGGAAGACUGAGUCACUGGAGGAAGAGAUCCGAUUCUUGAAGAAGAUCCAUGAGGAGGAGGUGCAGGAACUUCAGGAGCAGCUGGCCCGACAGCAGAUCCACGUGGAGAUGGAUGUGGCCAAGCCAGACCUCACAGCAGCCCUGAGAGAGAUUCGCACACAAUACGAGGCUGUGGCGACCAGCAACAUGCAGGAGGCAGAGGAGUGGUACCGGUCCAAGUUUGCGGACCUUACAGACGCUGCUGCCCGAAAUGCUGAGAUGCUCCGACAGGCCAAGCACGAGGCUAAUGACUAUAGGCGCCAGCUGCAGGCCUUAACCUGUGAUCUGGAGUCCUUGCGUGGUGUGAAUGAGUCCCUGGAGAGGCAGAUGCGUGAGCAGGAGGAGCGUCAUGCCAGGGAGGCCGCAAGGUACCAGGAGGCCCUCACUCGGCUGGAAGAGGAAGGACAGAGCCUCAAGGACGAGAUGGCCCGCCAUCUGCAGGAGUACCAGGACCUGCUGAACGUCAAGCUGGCUCUGGACAUUGAGAUCGCCACCUACAGAAAGCUACUGGAGGGCGAGGAGAACCGCAUCACCAUUCCAGUGCAGACCUUCUCCAACCUGCAGAUCCGAGGGGGCAAAAGCAUCCAAGAAGGGGAAGUUCACAAGGUCACAAGACAUCUCAAAAGGCUCACAAUACAAGUUAUACCCAUACAGGCUCACCAGAUUGUAAAUGGAGCCCCCACUCUCGAAACCAGCCUGGACACCAAGUCAAUGUCAGAAGGCCACCUUAAGAGGAACAUCGUGGUAAAGACUGUGGAGAUGCGGGAUGGAGAGGUCAUUAAGGAGUCCAAGCAGGAACACAAUGAUGUGAUGUGAGGAGUACUCCACAGUAGGAGCAGUAUAGUUGCUCCUCCUGGGACGAUAGCUCAUUUCCCCAGAUCUGAUUCCCUACCCCACUCCUCCCUUCUCUUCUAGGUCUCUAUACCAGCUUGCUGCCCUAGUUCAGUCAACAUUAGGCUGCCAGAUGGCAUCAACCUAGCACCCAGCACCUCCAACUAACAAGGCACUUAUCCCAAGGAAUAGUCUGGAGAGAGGAGGGCGGUGGUCAACAGCUUGGAUUAUACUAGGGAGAAAAUAAAUAAGUUGGG